GUGGGCAUGUGGUGUUUGUUGCAGGGCUUGGGGACAAGGCUGCUCUCCGGGAGGGGACGACGCAACAGGGGGCGAGGCAGUUGGAGAGCAAGAAUGGAUCUGAACACGAACAUGUUGCCUGACCGCAGGACCGGGCGCCUCACUGUUCCCCCUGGGGGAUGGGGAAAGGCAUCCAGGGAUUUCCCAGAUUCCUUGCUCAGGUGCCAUAGGUGGGGUAGAUGGACACUCGGUAGGAAACACGGGGCUAAACAGUCUCUAUUCCUUCAUUUAGACAACACGCUUCAAGCUUCCUCAUCGCCCAAGGUACUGGCCUUUCUAGUGUAGCAUCUGCAACUGAACUCAAAUCCCAACUUUUGUUUUGCUAAGAACAGGUCUGUCACCUCCUUCCUUCUUGAACCUAUGCUCCUAUUAAUGCAGUCUUAGCAUUUGGCUGGCACUUCCACAACGACACACCUGGACACACCAGCAAGUGGCCACAGAUGGGAGGCAUCUGCGGCGUCGCUGUGGGCUACCCCCUGGACACGGUGAAGGUCAGGAUCCAGACGGAGCCCAAGUACACGGGCAUCUGGCACUGUGUGCGGGACACGUAUCGCCAAGAGCCGGUGUGGGGCUUCUACCGGGGCCUCUCGCUGCCCGUGUGCACCGUGUCCCUGGUCUCAUCCGUGUCUUUUGGCACCUACCACCACUGCCUUGAUCACAUCUGCCGGUUCCGGUAUGGCAGAGCCGACGCCAAGCCUGCCAGGACAGACGUCACGCUCUCUGGAUUUGCCUCUGGCCUUGUCCGUGUGUUCCUGACCUCGCCCACUGAGGUGGCCAAGGUCCGCCUGCAGACGCAGACGCAGCAGCGGCGUCCCUCGGCCUCGUGGCCCUCGGCUGCGCCCAUCUGUGCUGCGCCCCCUCAAAGUCCAGCGCUUGCACCCAAGUACCGCGGGCCACUGCACUGCCUGGCCACAGUGGCCCGUGAGGAGGGCCUGCGAGGUCUCUACAAGGGCAGCUCAGCCCUGCUUUUCCGGGACAGCCACUCCUUUGCCACCUACUUCCUCUCCUACGCCAUCCUCUGCGAGUGGCUCACCCCCACUGGCCACAGCCAGCCAGAUGUCUUGGGCGUGCUGGUGGCCGGUGGCUGUGCAGGGGUCCUGGCCUGGGCCGUGGCCACCCCCAUGGACGUGAUCAAGUCACGCUUACAGGCAGAUGGACAGGGCCAGCAGCGUUACCGAGGCCUCCUGCACUGUGCGGUGACUAGUGUGCGGGAGGAGGGGCCGCGUGUCCUCUUCAAGGGGUUGACACUCAACUGCUGCCGAGCCUUCCCUGUGAACAUGGUGGUCUUCGUCACCUACGAAGCCGUGCUGAGGCUCACCCGGGGCCCGCUCACAUAGUGGUCCCCACGUCCCAGGGGCCAACCUGCCAGCAGCCGCCAGAGGUUAUGGUAGCUGGAGGAAGUGAAGGGGCAUGUGGGGUCUGGGCCCAUGGGGCCAUCACCCAGGACAGCUGGAGCUUCCCUGAGGCCUGAGCUUGGCCUGCCCAGUUCCAGACCACAAGCAGGUCAAGGGGCUCAUCUGCCAUCAGCCGGGGGCUGGCCUGAGGGUCACGAGCCAGGGAGGAGUGGGUCUCCUGGAUGAGGAAUCCAUCACAUGAAGGUGUCUGGGCAUUUGGUCCUUGGUUCAUUCCAGCUUCCCUGUCACCUCUCCCUGCCACCCUGUGACUUCAGAGCACCCCUGCGCCUGCACCUCCACCCGUUUCCUCAGCAGCCUGCUCAGCCAGCCCUUCCUCUUGCCCCCACUCAGCUCUCUGCUGCUAUUUCAUGGGCUUCAUGUUGGUCCCUUAGACACAGCCAACAGGCCCUGCCAGAGGGAACGAGGUGCAGCUGCCGGGCUCCUGGCCUGCUCAUUCCUGCACAGGCUGCUCAGAGGUGCCGCUGGGAUAGCCAGUGAGCUGGGUGAGCUCUGGUCACCCACCCUCACUCUGCUUGUAGGCCCUGUGGAAUCAGUGGGGAGCUCCUGCCAAUAAAAUGUUUAUGAGGA